GCGCUUGCGCGGAGGGAGCCGCGAGACAGGUGCGCGUGCGCAGUGCGCGUCUGCGAGACCGACUUGGACGGACCCGAGCUGAGCCUCAGCUGCCUGUCGGUGGUCAGGGUUUUGGCAACUCCCUGGUGUGAGAGGGGUCGGGAGUGCUCCCGGCGGCGACGGGGCCGAGAUCACCAGCGGCCGGAGCAGUAGUCGAAGGCCCGGCGCGGCAUGUCCUGGGUGCCGCGGUGCGGGCAGUGAACGCGCGCCGGGCGGGAUGGGCCGGCGCCGGGCGCCAGAGCUGUACCGGGCUCCGUUCCCGUUGUACGCGCUUCAGGUCGACCCUAGCACUGGGCUGCUCAUCGCUGCGGGCGGAGGAGGCGCUGCCAAGACAGGCAUAAAGAAUGGCGUGCACUUUCUGCAGCUAGAGCGGAUUAAUGGGCGCUUGAGUGCCUCCUUGCUGCACUCCCAUGACACAGAGACACGGGCCACCAUGAACUUGGCACUGGCUGGUGACAUCCUUGCUGCAGGGCAGGAUGCCCACUGUCAGCUCCUGCGCUUCCAGGCCCAUCAACAGAAGGGCAACAAGGCAGAGAAGGCCGGUUCCAAGGAGCAGGGGCCUCGACAAAGGAAGGGAGCAGCCCCAGCAGAGAAGAAAUGUGGAGCGGAAACUCAGCACGAGGGGCUAGAACUCAGGGUAGAGAAUUUGCAGGCGGUGCAGACAGACUUCAGCUCCGAUCCACUGCAGAAAGUUGUGUGCUUCAACCACGAUAAUACCCUGCUUGCCACUGGAGGGACAGAUGGCUACGUCCGUGUCUGGAAGGUACCCAGCCUGGAGAAGGUUCUGGAGUUCAAAGCCCACGAAGGGGAGAUUGAAGACCUGGCUUUAGGGCCUGAUGGCAAGUUGGUAACUGUGGGCCGGGACCUUAAGGCCUCUGUGUGGCAGAAGGAUCAGCUGGUGACACAGCUGCACUGGCAAGAGAAUGGACCCACCUUUUCCAGCACACCAUACCGCUACCAGGCCUGCAGGUUCGGGCAGGUUCCAGACCAGCCUGCUGGCCUGCGACUCUUCACUGUGCAAAUUCCCCACAAGCGCCUGCGCCAGCCCCCUCCCUGCUACCUCACAGCCUGGGAUGGCUCCAACUUCUUGCCCCUUCGGACCAAGUCCUGUGGCCAUGAAGUCGUCUCCUGCCUCAAUGUCAGUGAGUCCGGCACCUUCCUAGGCCUGGGCACAGUCACUGGCUCUGUUGCCAUCUACAUAGCUUUCUCUCUCCAGUGCCUCUACUACGUGAGGGAGGCCCAUGGCAUUGUGGUGACGGAUGUGGCCUUUCUACCUGAGAAGGGUCGUGGUCCAGAGCUCCUUGGGUCCCAUGAAACUGCCCUGUUCUCUGUGGCUGUGGACAGUCGUUGCCAGCUGCAUCUGUUGCCCUCACGGCAGAGUGUUCCUGUGUGGCUCCUGCUCCUGCUGUGUGUUGGGCUUAUUGUUGUGACCAUCCUGCUGCUCCAGAGUGCCUUUCCAGGUUUCCUUUAGCUUCCCUCCUUCCUGGGAAUCAGGAGCCUGGUCACUGCCAUCUCUAGAGCAGAGUGGAGGCCUGAACUCCCUUUGCUCACUCCAUUUGGGUCCACAGCUGAGGUUGCCUCUGACAAGAUGAAUGGGCACUGCCUGCCCUUCUAGUGAAAAGGCUUGGAGUUGAGCUUGUCCUUUCUCUAGAAACAUGUGAAGAUGCCCAAGAGCCUGGAGGCACUGCUGUCCUUCCUGCAGAAACAGUUUCUCCUUCCCUCAGCCCUGUGGCCAGUUCCUCUUCACAUGAAGCCCCUGGCAUUUGCUGGGGAAGGGAAUGGCCUGGUACUUGCUGUUAGGGCAGGAAGGGGCAAAAGGAAGACUUGGGUAGUAAUCUGGGGGUUCAGAUGGGUAGCACUAAGCCAGCCAGCCUAAAGAUGCAAUAAGUUCCUAGGUAGUCUACCCUAACCUUGAGGAAUGGGAAAAUGAACCUCAGCCCAUUAGGCAGGAAAAGUUGAUAUUUAAUAAACAAGGAAAGAGUGAACUGAGACCUCAAA